CGAAGUGAAAAAGAAACCUGUGGUUUGUUUACAGUGUAUUUGUGGAACCGUUGUGUUUACCUCACAGUUUCCGACCGGAGCAUAAAUACUGGCAACACGAAAUGGCGACCUCCUUGCUGCGGGUAGGGCGACUUGGUGCCCUCAAGUGUCUCCAGUUGGAGAGCUGGGGCAUCCUGAGGAGUCACACGACUGCUUCGUUCUGCACUCAGGCUGAAGAACCACCAAAGCCAGCCAAAAAGACAAAGAGUUCAACAAAGACAGCAGAGGCUUCAGAUGAGAGAGCAACCUUGCUAGCCUACAAGACAGCAGUUGCCUUCCCAGUUAGACUUUCGGAGUCUAGAGUUUUCCCAACACAGGCUCUAGGUUUAACCGAACCACUGGCCAGCCCCACUGCCACUGCACACUCAGUUGUAGCUGCAACAGCUGCAGCGCCUGUCACUGCUGCCAGUGAACCAACUGUAGUUGAGCCAGAAGCAGCAGAGGCUCCAGCUGCUGACCCAGAUGUUGCUCAGGUUAUCAUUGCCACAGCUCCACCUGUAGUUGACACAGCUCUCCCAGCUGCUGAGCCCCUGGCUGAUGCAUGCAAUAAAAUCUCAGCACCAGACGACACUCCAGUUUCAGCCUCUGCAACAGACAAUGCAGUCCCACCCGCUGCAGCCUCGUCUGAGCCUGGUGAUCAAGCAGCUGACGGAUCAUCCUCUUCGACAUCCAGUGACUCAGACUCUGACUCUGAGGAUGAGGAUGAGCCCAAGACCUCACCAGAGGUGUCAAAAUCCUCUGUGAAAGAAGAAGCAGAAGACCAGGCGGUCACAUCAGAAGUGAAGGAAGAUACUAAUGAAGCUAAGAAGGAAGUUCCACCAGAAUCUGAAGCUAUUCCUGCCUCUGCUGCUAAGGCUGUACUGCUGGCCACUCCAGCAGCAGCAGCGGCCACAGAGGCCAUUGUCGAAGCACCCAUUGUUAGCUCUGAGGAGUUAGUAGACCCUGCACCUGAGAUUUGCACUGCCACAGAAGACCGUGUGGCUUGGCCAGAAGUUUCAACUGAAGCUGCACUGGAACCCCUUCCAGAAAUAAUAGAAGAUGUUGCAUCUCCUGCCAUCCCUGAUGCCCAAGUAGAAACCCCAGCUGAAGUUGUGACUGAGGCUGCAACUCCAGAAAAAGCCCAGACUGACACUCCUGUAGAAAUCAUAGAGCCUGCCCCCGCUGAAGCCCCUGCAAAAGCUGCUGAAGCUGUCCCUGUGGAAGCUACCCCAGAGCCUGUAGACACUGAAGCUACCUCUGCUGAAGCUGCUGUAGGCCCUGCAGAAGCUGAAGCUGCCCCUGUAGAAGCAGAAGCUGCUCCUGCUGAAGCUGCUGCAGAACCUGUAAAGGCUGAGGCUGCAGCUGGAAUAUCUGCCCCUGUGGAGAGCACUGAGGAGCUGGUUGACCCUGCUCCAGUCGUUGCUGAAGCUGCUGCAGAGCCUGUAGUAGCUGAAGCUGCCCCCACUGAAGCAGCAGCUGAAGUUUCUGUCCCUGUGGAGAGCACAGAGGAGCUGGUGGACCCUGUUCAAGUCGUAGCUGGAGCUGCAGGAGAGGAGCUGCAGGUGGAGGCCCCAGUUGAACCAUCUGAGGAGGCUGCAGUAGCAGCACCUCCUGAGCCUGAUGAGCCUUUUGACAACAGCACUUAUAAAAACUACCAGCACCACAGCUACACCCCCUACACAUUUGCAGACCUGGAUGUAGAGAUGGCCAAGUUUCGUCUCCCGCAGCCCUCCUCCCUCAGACACUAAAGGAGCUGGCCUGGUUGCAAACCUUUAUGUUGCGUCAAGAUGAUGGUGAUGGUGUUCUCCCUCCUUAUGAUGAUCAUCCCCUUAACCUGUCAGCUCUGCAUGAAAUUCUGGUGUUAAACUGUUAUAUUAUUAAAGUACACAAAUGAGAAA